AUGAGCGACGAUAUCGUGCACGUGGUGAUCGGUACGUGGUGCAGUCUGGCGUUGAUUGUGUACGAUAAACUUACCAGCGACAGACAGCUAGUGGAAUGGGCCAAUGCGGUGCGCUCGACAUUGGAACCUGUCAUUCAUACACAUCUGUACCCACGAUCGCAGGUGGAUAUUGUACUUUACGUGGAACAGCAAGACGGGGGUGUUUUACCUGCGAUGAUCAAUGCAUGCACGCUCGCAUUGAUGGAUGCUGGCAUCCCUAUGAGCGACUAUGUGACAGCGAUGACAUGUGGUCUGCACGGCUCCACGGCCAUGCUGGAUCUAAACCUGACGGAACAAUCAGACUUGCCCUUUGUGACGGUGGCGAUUCUUCCACGCACAGGCACUGUUCCACUAAUCCAGCUUGAUACGCGCAUGCACAUGGACCGCUUUGCGGCGAUGGUGCAUGUAUGUGUGGAUGCAGCGCGCGUGCUGCGAGAUGAGUUGGAUUCUGCUGUGCGAGGUCGAACGGAGCAACUAGCGGAGGCGAUCAAAGGCCCAUCGGUUCCAUAG